AUGCGCGACUACGACGGCUACUACGGCUCGGACGCGGUCGCCAAAGGGUACCUGCCCUACUGCAACAUUGGUUUGCACGACAGUGACGCCAAGUUGAUGCACGACGUGCCUCAAGCGCACAAUGCGCACCUCUACCACGGCCUCCUCAAGCUGUCGCCGGUCGCGGACGCCAUCUCGCACCACACGCACCGUCUGCACGUGCUGGACGUGGGCUGCGGCACGGGCGCCGGCCUCCACGUGAUCCAAAAGACACUCGAGGCGUGGACGUCGUCGCCGAUAACGACUGUUGGCGUCGACAAGUGCGCGUCGGCCGUCAAGGCGCACAAGAAGCUCUACGGCGGCAAACCCAAAGUGCUCCAGUACGACGUCGAGGGCCGCAUGACUGCGUUUGCGCGCGCCAAGUUUGACCUCGUGACCGCCGUCCAGAGCCUCCAAGAGUGCACACCGUCUGCGCUCACCGAACUUUCGCGUGUUUUGAAGCCCCAGGGACUGCUUUUGGUCGCCGAUUUCGUCAACCCGCGCCAGCCCUUUGACUGUCUCCACGCGCUCCAGUCGCACGCCGACUUUCGCUUGCUCGAGCACCGCGACGUGUCGUUUAGCGCGACGAUCGCCGCCAAGAGUAGCUCGACCGGGCUGCGCGCGGUCUUGAACGAGUGCGUCAGUGACGCAGCCUUGCGCGCCGCGAUGGCAGAGAUGCUGACGCUCAAGAAGACGCCGCAAUAUGAGGACGUCCGGCUUGGCGCCCUGCAAUAUGGCCUUUUUUGUUUUGAAUAUGUCCCGUCGACGCCGGUGCCCGACGUGUUGCCGCCGGUCGACAACGCUUUGACCGACGACAGCAGUGACAACGACGACGACGACGAUGACGACGACGACAUUGAUGACAAGUGCAACCCGAGCUACUAUGACUACAGUGAGGUUUUUCCGCAGCUCGAGCUCCUUCGCAGCCACUAUGAGACGAUUCGCGACGAGGCGCUCAAGGCGCAAUUGGCCCACGAUUGGCCCAACUGGCCCGAAGACCACUACAUUGGCGAGGACGGCGAGUGGCGCGUCUUCCCGCUUUGCUACACGUUUCCGGCGUGGGACGCCUCGAAAACAACGUGGGUCCACGGCACGUGUGCGCAGUGCCCUGCGACCGUUGCGCUCCUCCAAGCGAUCCCGGGCAUCCGCACCGCGCUCUUCUCCAAGCUCGGGCCCGAGACGACACUGGGCGCCCACCGCGGCUGGGCAGACCUCGCCAACGACAUUUUGCGAUGCCACAUCGGGCUCGACGUUCCGACGUACGACGGCGACGACGCGACGUGCUGCAUCGUCGUCGACGGCGAGCCGCGGGCCCAAGCCAACGGCCGCGUCCUCGUCUUUGACGACAGCAAGCUCCAUUUCGCCUUCAACCGCCACCCGACCGCGGCCCGGUGCAUUCUUAUUGUCGACUUGUAUCGGCCGGCGCAUCUGCCACGUGGCAUGGCCCGUGGCGGCCACACGGACGAACUCGAUGCUUUCAUUGCCCAGUACAACGCCGCCAUGAACCCGUGA